AUGGAUCCUGCUGAGCAAAUUUCUGAAGAAUGGAGUUCUCUUAGUGGGUUGUACACAGCUGAGGAAGCUGACUUUAUGAGCCAGCUGCUUGGUGACUGCUCAGUCCCUCAGCAUUUGUAUGGAAAUUUUAAUUUGGGAAUUCCAUCUGCAAUAUGGCCUGGUCAUGAAUCAACAAUAGUGAGCGUGACAAGCAUCAAUAAAAGUUCAGAUUUUCCUGCAAAUGUUGAUAAUAGUAAUGCUAAUUAUUUUUGUUUCUUACAAGGAAGUAGCUACACUUCUGAGAGUAGCAAUACAUUUCCUACUACAAGUGGUGGUAACUGCUGCUUGAAUAAUUCAGUAGCCAACAUUGGCUACAUGAACUCAGGUUUUUCCUUAGGAGAUAGCACUCAAGGGAAUGACAGCCAACAGAUAAAUGAAAACACUGAUGAAGAGUUAGGUCUGGAGGUUGUUGCUGACAAGAAUAUGCAGGAUCACAAGGAAUGUGAAGUACUGGUUUCUGAACCAGCAGAAGAGGGUAUAAACAACAAUCUUGAGAAGUCAGAGAAAAGAUCUAGGAGCUCAAUGCAGGUCCGAAAGGGUAAGAGAAAUGUUAAAUCGAUGAAGAAAUCAAAACUGGCUUCUAUAAGCAACACUGAAGAGGGUAGAAAUGGUGAUCUUCAGGGUCAAAGCUUGAGCAGUUGCUGCUCAGAGGAUGAUGAUUCCAAUGCUUCUCAGGAGCUAAAUGGAGGAGGAUCUUCAAGUUUUAGCCCAGAGGAUUCUACAGCUCUGAAUUUAAAAGGAAAAAAAUCAACAUCUAAUAGAGGUUCUGCCACUGAUCCACAAAGUGUUUAUGCAAGAAGAAGAAGAGAAAGAAUAAAUGAAAGGUUGAGAAUCCUACAAAAUCUAGUCCCUAAUGGAACAAAGGUGGAUAUCAGCACCAUGCUUGAGGAAGCUGUCCAAUAUGUGAAGUUUUUACAGCUCCAAAUUAAGCUUCUGAGCUCUGAUGAUCUCUGGAUGUACGCUCCAAUUGCUUACAAUGGAAUGAACAUUGGACUAGACCUCAAUAUUACACCAACCAAACAUCCAUAA